AAAAGGAAUCCCAGCCGUCCAAUGGAGGAGAACCUCCUCCUGUCCAGAAGACGCCGCAGCCGUCGCCAAAAUUCCCCAAUCCGCCGCGGAGAGCCGGAGAGAGGGGCGCAGCCAGAGAGAUCGGAGAAGAGGAAGAAAAUGGUGCGGGUGGCGACCUACUUCGCGAUGACCUUCGGGGCGUUCCUCUUCUGGCAGUCUAUGGACAGGGUCCACGUCUGGAUCGCUCUCCACCAGGACGAGAAGAAAGAGAGGAUGGAAAGGGAGCUGGAGAUAAAGAGAAUGCAGGCAGAGCUAAUGGCCCAAGCUAAGAGAGUGAUUCAUGAUUAUCAUUUGGCCAAUGGUUUCAGGCAGUUCCUUUAUCAUAUUUCCUCUGCUGUAUUUCCAAGUGAUAUCUUGACUGAUGUAUGCUUGACACCUCCAAUAAACCGAGAGAUGCCAUAACUUUGUUGAAUGCAAGCGGAUAUGCUCAUGUUGAAUCAUUGCAAUUUGUAGAACAGCACAAACCUGGCCAGCUUGCUUGGAACAAAAGGCUUUGUUAUUGUUGUUGUUUUGUUCUUGUUAUAGAACAGCCGACUCAACACUCAGAUUUUCUGUCUGAUUAUAAGGUGUUGUUUUGUACUGAUAUUCCAUUCUUCACUUGAAGAAACCCUUGUUGGGAA